CUCCCUAGGAGCAUCAGUGCACCGCACAGGGAGUCCUAAUUGUGCCCCCUGCGGACUCCGCUGGUUGGCUGGGUAAUAACCAGAACUGGACUGUUGCACAUUCUUCAUUUCAGCACGAACAUAUUUUGGCCGGAAAACAAUAACCAUCGCCAGGUUUCAACACGAACACUCUUAUUUGAAAUAAUUCACCUUGGUAUCCCCGUAAGUUGUUCCAUUUCAAUUGAAUAAUAUUUAUUUCUAACAUGUUUUUCUUUUAUUAUUUUUUAACGAACUAUUUUCAGGCAGUCAAGUUAAGGCGCAUGUUUUGAGUGAAAUAUUGUUACAUACAUAUACUAAGUACAUGCACGCAUUAGUGAAUAGUGAUACAAAUUCUUAGCAACACAAAAUUAUUAGCAACAGGAGCUGAUGUUGGUUCAAUAAACCGCUGGCGCGCCGAAAAAUUCACAUACAUGAGUACACACUGAUGCAAAGCAGUUAAGCAUAAAUAAAUAUAGACCGUAAAUAGAACGUUUAGCGAAGCAUUGGCGGACCUUAAUUGCUUUGAUUGCACCGAAAUCCACUUUGAUAAGGAUAUUAAGAAAUAAAUAAAUCGCCGGCAAAUAGCGAUUGAUUUUAUAAUAUAAUUUCGUGAAGGUUUCUUUUUAAAUAGAAUCGACGAAUCGAAACACAUAAAUGUAUGGCAGAACUAGCAAUGCGGUACCACAUGAACGGCUGCGUGUGAGCUUUUGCACAGAUUUGGACAAAUCAGUUUUGGUGAAUAAUUUCGAGAAACGCGGUUGGACGCAAGUAAGCCCUGACGAUGAUUGGCAUUUCUAUUGGGCAGGCGUGCAGACAUGUCGGAAUAUUUUCAGCGUCGAUAGCGGCUAUCGCAUGCACGAUAAUCAAAUGAUUAAUCACUUUCCUAAUCAUUAUGAGUUGUCGCGCAAGGAUUUAUUGGUGAAGAAUAUCAAACGUUAUCGCAAGGAUCUCGAACGUGAGGGCAACCCACUGGCGGAACGUUCAGAGCCAACUGCUGCGGGUGCACCGCGUUAUGUGUAUCUGGACUUUAUUCCCAUAACAUUUGUUUUGCCGGCUGAUUAUAACAUGUUUGUUGAGGAAUAUCGUAAGAAUCCGCAAAGCACUUGGAUUAUGAAACCGUGCGGCAAAUCGCAAGGUGCCGGCAUUUUUCUCAUAAAUAAAUUAUCGAAAUUAAAGCGUUGGUCGCGUGAAGCGAAAGGUCCAUUCCACCAGCAAUUGUCUAAGGAGAGUUAUGUGAUUUCGAAAUAUAUUGACAACCCGCUGCUCAUUGGUGGUAAAAAAUUCGACCUCCGACUCUAUGUGCUAGUCACGUCAUUUCGUCCACUGAAGGCAUAUCUCUUCAAGCAAGGUUUCUGUCGCUUCUGCACAGUCAAAUAUGAUACAAGCGUUACCGAACUGGACAAUAUGUAUGUGCACUUGACGAAUGUGAGCGUACAAAAACAUGGCGGUGAAUACAACAACUUGCAUGGCGGCAAAUGGUCGGUGCAAAAUUUGGCACUCUAUUUGGAGGGCACACGCGGCAAGGAGGUAACGGAUCGCCUCUUCGGCUCCAUCGCCUGGCUAAUUGUGCAUUCAUUGCGCGCUGUAGCGCCGGUAAUGGCCAGCGAUCGCCAUUGUUUCGAAUGUUAUGGCUACGAUAUAAUUAUAGACAACACUUUGAAGCCGUGGCUGGUGGAAGUGAACGCCUCACCUUCACUCACAUCUACAACAGUCACUGAUCGGAUAUUAAAAUACAAACUAAUUGAUAAUAUAUUAUCGGUGGUGUUACCGCCGGACGGUGUACCUGAUGUGCGCUGGAAUAAAAUACCCAGUGCGGACGCUUUGGGCAAUUUCGAACUUCUAUUAGAUGAGGAAUUAGCAGCCCAGGAAGAACAAGCACAGAAUGCACAGACCAGUACGAAAGGAAGGGGCGGCGGCGGCGGUAAUCGGUGGAAGUGAUCGUAGAAAUAUGCCAUAGCUGCUAAUGAACCUAUAUAAUCAAUUUUGGUGUUUUUAGAGAUGAUUACUUCUUGUAUGUUUGUGCAUACAAUUGUUUUUUAUUAGGAAAUACAUUUGUUAUAAAUAAGCAUAAAAAAUCAUUAGUAGAAAGGUUAAAUAAAAAUAUGUAUGCAUAUGGGCACAGUUGGAUACUACUUACCAUAUAUUUUAUGUAAAAACUAGCUGAAAUACUCACCAUGCAAGAAAUGGAAAUGUUAUUUUCUCUUCUCAGGCGGAAAGUACAAAAAUGGCCGACUUUCUCUUCCCAUUUGUGGGGUGCGUCUUGAUGCCGUCGCCUUCGAACGAAGAACAGUUUUUAUGAGAAACUUUCAUGGCAGAAGUACUCUCGGUUCCCAAAUAAACAAAGUCCACCACUUUUUCGAAAUUAUAACUGUCAAGAGUGACGGGUGUAUGAGCGUAUUUGAAAUUAUCACGUUCUAUUCGAACAUUUGGGCGAAUUUCCUACAUUACGCGUUCAAAGAACACAAUUUUUACUAU